GCUCGACAUAAGCUAUCGUCAGAGACACACUGUACUCGAUUGUUACUCCAGUUUUGGAAAGCAACUUUAAGAAAAAUCGAGCUAAAUAUUAGUUGCAUUGAUCAGGUGAUCAGUGACAGCCAGAGCACCGCCAUGUCGUCGAGUGAUUCCGUCGAGGCCAGCAAUGGCGAGAAGAAGCAGCAGAUGGUGUGCGUGACGGGAGCGGGAGGGUUCAUCGGGUCGUGGGUGGUGAAGGAGCUGCUGCUGCGCGGCUACCGCGUCAGGGGAACCGCCAGGGAUCCCCGCAAGAACGCGCACCUGCUCGAGCUGGAGGGAGCCGGCGAGCGGCUCACCCUGUGCCGCGCCGACGUCUUGGACUACGCCAGCCUGCGCGCGGCGUUCGCCGGCUGCCAUGGCGUCUUCCACAUCGCCUCCCCGGUGUCCAAGGACCCGAAUCUGGUGCCGGUCGCGAUCGAGGGGACGAGGAACGUGAUGAGAGCGGCGGCGGACAUGGGCGUGCGCCGCGUGGUGUUCACGUCGUCGUACGGCGCCGUGCACAUGAACCCCAGCAGGAGCCCCGACGCCGUCCUCGACGAGACAUGCUGGAGCGACCCGGAAUUCUGCCGGCGAGAGGACAUAUACUGCUACGCCAAGAUGAUGGCGGAGAGGACGGCGAUGGAGGAGGCGGCGAGGCGGCGGCUGGAGCUGGCGGUGGUGGUGCCGUGCGUGACGGUGGGCCCCAUCCUUCAGCCGGCCGUCAACUUCAGCUGCCACCACGUCGUCCGCUACCUGACGGGCGCCGCCGCCACCUACCCAAACGCCGUCGCCGCCUACGCCGACGUCCGCGACGUCGCCCGCGCGCACGUCCUCGUCUACGAGCGCCCCGACGCCCGCGGCCGCUACCUCUGCAUCGGCACCGUCGUCCACCGCGCCGACCUCCUCCGCAUGCUUAAGGACCUCUUCCCCUGCUACCCCGCCACUUCCAAGUGUGAGGACGAAAGGAAUCCGAUGGUGAAACCGUACAAGUUCUCCAACCAGAGGCUCAGGGAUUUGGGGUUGGAGUUCACUCCGCUGAGGCAGAGCCUGCAGGAGGCAAUCGUGUGUCUGCAACGCAAGGGCCUCCUGCCUGUCACGGUGCCACAAAAGCGUGCGUGCUUGUAGACGCAAAUGGUUCUAUGCAUGCACGGUGAACUUACGAGUUUUUCCAGUGAUAAUAAAAGAGGAGGCUAGCAGACAGUGGCAUAUAAAUAAAUGUGUUUACGAGUUCGUUAAACUAGCAGUAGUGGUAUUAGGCUAUAUAGGCAUCCUAUGUCACUAUCACUACGAGAGUGACAUUAAAGUCAUGGAUAUAAACCUGUGGCAUUAAUAUCCUUUGGUCCAUGAAGAAUAAAGAAUCAGCAUAAAGGAGUGUGGAACCCAUACUUGUACUAGACAACCUGGAUCUGCAUGUAUAAUACAUUAUACAUGUUUCUU